UAAGAAUAUUUGAGCAUCAUAAAACUCAUAGGGAAGAUGCUGAGUAAUAUUUGGAUUAUUUUCAUGUAUAAUGACCUCACAUUUUAUAUGGUUAAACAAAACACAGCCAGGCGAGGUGGCUCAAGCCUGUAACAGAAAAAACUUCAUCUUUGAAAAAGAGGAAACAGAUCAUUCUGGAAAUUACAGGUAAGUCAGCUAACAUUCUUCAACACAUUAUAAGCAAAGAGAAAUAAUUUAUCGUUAUCUGGAAGGGCAUACUUUCUCUUUUAAAAUUAACAUUAAAAACCAAACUAACGUCAGGUCAUUUUAAUUUCCUCCCACAACAGUAUCUCAUUCUAGCUAAACCACAUUCACACACACUAUUAGUAAACCUCCCCACUUCAUAACAAUUAGAAUUGUCCUUGACUAGAAAGGAAAUGUAUGUAAAGUGGCUCUAUCUCAUUUUAAAAUGACAAAGAAUGUAUUUUCUCUCAGAAAUCACUACAGGAUUUGAGACUAUGAUCUUUCUAGACAGAUCAGUUUUUUCAUUCAAUUAGCAAAUAUUUUUUGUGUAUCUCCCAUAUUCCGGUACUAGGCACUGGGACACAAUGACCAGGAUAGAAAAAGAUCACUAUCAUGGAGCUUUCAAUCAUACAAGAAAAAAGUGAAUUUUGGAAAUGUUAAUUACAUCUUAAGAGAAUUCUCUUAAAUUUAGGAGCAAUUGUUAAUAUUUUAGAGGAUAGAAAUGAAAUAUUAAUGGCCUUGAUGCUCUCCCAGAUAUUUUAAAAAUGGAAAUAAAUAAAAAUAAGUACCAACUGUUACCCAGUUAUGUCAAAAUACUAAAAAUAUGUGUUGAUGAAUACCUGACUAUUGAUAGAAAAGACAAGCAGAAAACAGCAAAAUAGUAGAGGCGGAGUUAAAAAAAUGUCAAAGUAAUUUAAAAUUACUUGCACAUGAGAGACAGGAAACAAUACUUCAAUUAUAUCUACUUUAACCAGAUGCUCAGUCUAUCAGACAAUUCUGUCCAAAAGAACACUUCCUUCUCUGUUUACAUUUACAUCUAAAUCAAGCACAUAAAAAGGAAUCACCCUUGUUUCCCCAGAAGUAUUAUAGAACACAAGUAAAACCAGAGGCACAAUUCCCCUACAGGGAAUUAUAUUAAAAAAUACAGACUUUGGGCCAUGUGCGCUGGCUCACACCUAUAAUCCUAGUACUUUGGGAGGCCAAGACAGGCAGAUCACCUCAGGUCAGGAGUUCGAGACCAGCCUGGCCAACAUGGUGAAACCCCUUCUCUACUAAAAACACAAAACUUAGCUGGGGUAGUGGAACGUGCCUGUAAUCCCAACUACUUAAGAGACUGAAGCAGGAGAAUCGCUUGAACCCCAGAGGUGGAGGUUGCAGUCAGCCAAUACUGUGCUACUGCACUCUAGCCUGGGUGACAGCCUGAGACUCCAUCUCCAAAACAAACAAACCAACAAACAUAUAUAUAGAGAGAGACUUAGAAUUAUAUAGUGAGCUGCAUGUCCUCCUCACUCCAUUGAUUUGGGUACUUUAAAAUCCAUUGUAUAGUAGCUACACAUUCUUGUAUUGGCACCAGAUAGGCUAGACUCUAGGGAACAUCCGAGAUGUUUCCAGAAGCAAAGACGCUUACUGCAAGGCGUCCCCCAUCUCCUGGAAUCACCCGGAAGUCUAGAAGCCAUCCGGCCCCACAACGAUCCCGUAAAAGUGCUGGCUUAGCGGGGGACGAAUCUGUGUCUUUCUUGGAACUUCCAAGCUCUAAAUAGUUUGAAACCAACAGCUCUUCCGAAACACUGUCAUUUUCAUCCCGGAAAAACAAGUUCUCGCGAAAAGAUGAGUUUCACGCUGGGCAGCGUAAUUGCGCUAUUGCGCCUGCGCUAGCCGGGGCUCCGCCCUUCCGCCCGGAGGGGCUGUCACUCACAGCCACCUCCCGCCCCGCGUCGCGACGUAGCACUUCCGUUUUUGCUGGGUAGGCGACCCGGACGGAGGGCCGGCGAGGUGAGGGGUUUGGUGAUCCGAGCUGCGCCUCUCGGCAAGAUUUCGCGCUGCCCAUCCCGGGCCCUUUCAUCAGUAAUCGGUAGUGGAUCACUCUGCCAAGCGGCAGGAAGAAUUAAGGAAACGACAAGGAGACGCUCGGCUCUCUCCCGCUUGGCUCCUUGCGGCCUCCUCUUCCCUUCGCUCCGGCCCGGUGAAACUGAACUUAAAAUCGUCACUGGAUUGUAAGUACCCGAGGCUAAGAGAGCUCGCUGAGCCCUGAUUUUCUGAGUGUCUUUGUUCCGGGAGAGUUUGUGAAUUGAAAGUAUCUCUGCUAGGCUUUCUGGGCCGAAAACCGUUCCGCGGGAGCCGCCAUUUGCUUUCCUGUUCCCUAGCUAGCUAGCUAGCUAGCUCUCUCCGCCUUGUCCGGCAGCGGCACCUAGAGGUUGGGACUUGGCAUUGCAUCUGAUUUAAUGAACUUAAGUCUGUGAAUAAGCCUGUGUGUUAACGGCUGGUAUUCGGUCACAGCAUAUUUAGAGAAAAGACUUGGAGCUUAAAUAAAAACUAAGGCAAAAUAGACGCUUAGCUGCUGAUCUACAGAGAACUUCUUGUAAUUAAAAGAUUUCAAUUCAUAGCAAACUGGUGUUUUAAACUAUUGCAGUAGCUGGAACUUUUUAGUGUAACCAGCAUUUAUUGGAGAAGUGAAUCACAAGGAAAUAAAGAUGAGUAAAAGCAAAGAUGAUGCUCCUCACGAACUGGAGAGCCAGUUUAUCUUACGUCUGCCUCCAGAAUAUGCCUCUACUGUGAGAAGGGCAGUACAGUCUGGUCAUGUCAACCUCAAGGACAGACUGACAAUUGAGUUACAUCCUGAUGGGCGUCAUGGAAUCGUCAGAGUGGACCGUGUUCCCUUGGCCUCAAAAUUAGUAGACCUGCCCUGUGUUAUGGAAAGCUUGAAAACCAUUGAUAAGAAAACUUUUUACAAGACAGCUGAUAUCUGUCAGAUGCUUGUAUCCACAGUUGAUGGUGAUCUCUAUCCUCCUGUGGAGGAGCCAGUUGCUAGCACUGAUCCUAAAGCAAGCAAGAAAAAGGAUAAGGACAAAGAGAAAAAGUUUAUCUGGAACCACGGAAUUACUCUGCCUCUAAAGAAUGUCAGGAAGAGAAGGUUCCGGAAGACAGCAAAGAAGAAAUAUAUUGAAUCUCCAGAUGUUGAAAAAGAAGUGAAACGAUUGCUGAGUACAGAUGCUGAAGCUGUUAGUACUCGGUGGGAAAUAAUUGCCGAAGAUGAAACAAAGGAGGCAGAAAAUCAAGGCCUGGAUAUCUCUUCUCCAGGAAUGUCUGGUCACAGGCAGGGCCAUGACUCAUUAGAACAUGAUGAGCUUCGGGAGAUAUUCAAUGACCUCAGCAGCAGCAGUGAGGAUGAAGAUGAGACCCAGCAUCAAGAUGAAGAAGAUAUAAACAUCAUUGACACGGAGGAAGAUCUGGAGAGACAGCUACAGGACAAGCUAAAUGAAUCAGAUGAACAGCACCAGGAAAAUGAAGGAACCAAUCAGCUGGUUAUGGGAAUUCAGAAGCAGAUUGACAACAUGAAAGGCAAGCUCCAAGAGACCCAGGACAGGGCAAAACGACAAGAGGAUCUCAUCAUGAAAGUGGAAAAUCUGGCUCUCAAGAACAGAUUUCAGGCUGUACUGGAUGAGCUCAAACAAAAGGAAGACCGAGAAAAGGAGCAACUCAGCUCUUUGCAAGAGGAGCUAGAAUCACUCCUAGAGAAGUAAAAAGAACUGAUAUUUAAUUUCAGUCUUCAGACUGGUCAGCAUUAGAAAAUUCUUGGCUUUAUUGUACUGGGUAUUAAGACCUUGUGCUUCCUAGUCCUUUUAAUGCUGUGUGUUCUGUUAAGUUCUUUCAUUUGUUUGUAAUUUUGUUUUUCAGCAAAUUUAUAUUGUUUUGCUAGGUGUUCAUCAUAUAAGAAGCAGGAUUGUAUAGGCAGAAAAAUGAUUGUAGGAAAGUUGCAGGAUUAGUGGAAUGUAUGGUUCAAUCUUAAUUAUAGCUUCAUUGCAGGACUUUACUGUUUCUCCAUUUUCUAGAAGCUGCUGUUGCUGCUGCUUUGUGAUGACGUGAGAUCAAUAAGAAGAACCUAGUCUAGAGACAAUGAUGCUAGUUUGCAUAUGUUUUCCCAUGCAAUAGUUGUUUCCCAGUUAUUCAAAGCAGCUUUCUAUAUGUAGAGAUGCAAAUUAUUAAGUUGUUUCCAAUACAAUAAAUAAAAGCAUCUGUUUUUCACUUUA